AUGUUCCGGACCUCUCUGCGGUCUGUUUCAGACCCUCUCCGCGAACAUGUCUGCUUGUUCUGUCUAGCGCAGCGUUUCGGAGCUCCCAACGGCCUCCGCAACUUCACCACUUCGUCCGCCGCGCGCUCCCAGGCCCAUCCCAAAAAGGCCGAGGAUGCCGCGUCGCGUGCCAUCGCGGAAGGGUUCAAGUCUCUGGGCAAGACUCCUCCAGGGCCGCCGAAUCGAGAAAAGAGAGGCCGAUCCCCAGAUGCGCGUUCGAAAAGUCACGACAAGGAUGGCGAGAAACAGAAUUCCAAAUCCUCCACGGCAGAUCAUGACGCUACGGCCGAUCAGGAAUCCAAGGGGAAACCACGUAAAGCCACCCAAAAAGCGCGGAAGGUCGCCGUCAAACGGGUCCGGAGAGCAUUGUCCAAGGAACGGAAAUCGAAACGGCCGUCCAAACCUGUGCCACACGAGGUGACUGAAUCUCAAGAAUCGUCGGCGCGAAUCCAAUCAUCCCUCCAGAACAUCGUUUCACAGCUCCCCGGAGAAAAACACUCGACCAAAUCUGAUCGAGAGAAUCCCAAAAACCUACCAUUUGUGAUGGGCUCGGUACACGCCAAGGAUUCUGGCAGCCUUGGGAUUCAAGGCCUACAUUUGAAGCCGUUGGAUAUCGAAAGACCGCCAGUCCCUCAGCUCUCCUUUGGCUUGGAAAGGGUUUUGUUCAAUCCCGGUGUCUACCAUCUUCGCGACCCUCGAUCUCGUGUCUUCAACUUCGAUCCUUAUCUGGGAUCGAUUAUGCCCGUUACCGAGUUCGAUUUCGCCGCACUGAAGGAAUACAUCACAUCCUCCAAGGAUGACACGUUACGGGACAUUGCCCGGAAGGAGAAGAAGAAGUACAUGGGUUCCUCGUCGAGCAUGACAUCAGUUCUCUCGCACUUCCAUUAUCUGCUCUCGUCCUGGCGAGGAAUUGACAUCCGCACUAUGUCGCAGGGGUUCCCCGAUAAACUGCGUACCUUUACGCGGCUGCUGCGGUCCCCCUCUGCCAUGUUCCUCCGAUACCAAGACGGAGUCUACGCCAUCGAUGCAGACAAGGAAUUCGAUACGGCCAACAUCCUCAUGAAUUUGGGGAAGUCUAUGGAAAAGCUUCUCACACUACCGAAAGAAGAUUUCGAGCGGUACAGACGCUCGAGCACCAACAAGAUCUCCCCGGAGGAGGAACAGGCUGUGCCUGAAGCCUACCACUAUUCCACGCUAGGCGACUUCAUCAUGCGAUCCCAACUAGACGCGUAUGACCCACGACUACCUGGGACGGGCAUGUUCGACCUGAAGACCCGAGCCGUCGUGUCUAUCCGAAUGGAUGCGCGCAAUUUCGAGCAGGGCCUUGGAUACGAGAUCCGGGACCGAUUCGGGGCAUACGAGUCGUACGAGCGCGAAUUUUACGACAUGAUUCGGGCUGCGUUCUUAAAAUACUCGCUCCAGGUGCGCAUCGGCAGAAUGGAUGGCAUCUUCGUCGCCUUCCACAACAUCGAGCGUAUCUUCGGCUUCCAGUACGUCAGCCUGCCGGAGAUGGACCUCGCACUACACGGCCAGAGCGACACCUCCCUAGGCGACGCCGAGUUUCGUCUCAGCCUCGCGCUCUGGAACAAGAUCCUCGACAAGGCCACGGAAAAGUUCCCCAAGAGGUCUCUGCGUCUCCAUUUCGAGACCCGCGACGCCCAGACCCCAUUUAUGUACAUCUUCGCGGAGCCCGUCACCGACGAUGAGAUCCAGGCCAUCCAAACCAAGAACCAGGCCGAGAUCGACGCCUACCAGCGCCGCAUCCUCAACCUCUCCCACGAAGACCAGAGCACCCCCUCCGACACCACGCCCGGCAGCACCAUCCGGUCCCACAUCCCCGAAAACCCCAGCACAGCCGCUGCGAAGUCCUCUUCAGCCACAGAAACGCCUCAACCCGCCGAAACCACGGACGAGACCGACACCGCGGAGGACUCCGCCCUGUCCAGCUCCGAACCAGACUCCACCGGCCGACAAGAACCAGACUACAGCAAGGAGCUCCUCGCGAUGACCCUGGUGGUCAAGAACAAAGUCAACGGCCGCUACGUAGAGCGGCCGGCGGACUUCUCCGCGACGGACCAGUGGCAGAUCGAAUACGAAGUCAACGAGCUGCAGGGCAAACAGGCGUACUCGCUGUACACGGCGUGCCAGAAACGGCGCGAGAAGGCCCUCGCCGGCCGCGGCGAAGACGAGACCGAGGUCGCCAAUAACGUGUACAUUCGUCGGCUGCGCGAUAUCAGCAAGCAGGGUCGCAAGUUCCGCCAGAAUGAGGAGAAGCUCGAUAAGGAGAAGGGUGUCGUUGUGUUGGGGGAUUCAUAG